CAAUUGGAUGAGGUAUCUGACCCUGCAUGAUAUCUGACUUACUGCAUGCACUGGACAGGUCUGUGUUUCUCAUGGUGUUAGGUGGGGGAGUGAGAUUCACCAUGGCCAGGAAUGGACCAGAGUGUGAGUCCAGGGAGGCAGACGGUCUGCCAACAUGUCACAAACCACCCAUCUGCACUGGUGAGUUACCAUGCUACUCAAUCAUGCCAAGAUAUUCUGUUACAUCGUUUUUGGGCCAAAUUAUGGUAGUUUAUGCUCUGGCUUCGUGCAUGCAUUUAUGAAAAUUCCAAGCCAUUGAAUUGCACUGCUAUCUGGUUUCAUCAAACCUGAGCCUACAUCUCCUUCUGUUCUAGGCUUCUCCAUCCAGCGCUGAGCCCCUGAAGGAGUGUGUGAAAGAGGACCCCGCUCCUGGCCAUGGCUCACUCGUCAAACCCCUCCCGCAGGGACGCAACCCCCGGGUCAGGCACGGCUACGCGCCACCUCCUUCGGAAGCAGCAGCAGCGCCGUGGAAUCCGAUCCUCCUCCCCCAUGGGCCGGGUCAUCCUCAUCAACUCUCCUGUGGACGGUGAGGAGGGCCCUCUGAUACACCACACCAGAGAUUGGCUCAGAUCAGAUCAGCGUGCCCUCUAAGGCAUGACCGGUGUCUGGCAUACAGUGGCUUGCGAAAGUAUUCACCCCCCUUGGCAUUUUUCCUAUUUUGUUGCCUUACAACCUGGAAUUAAAAUAUACUUUUUUUAGGUUUGUAUAAUUUGAUUUACACAACAUGCCUACCACUUUGAAGAUGCAAAAUAUUUUUUAUUGUGAAACAAAUAAGAAAUAAGACAAAAAAAAUGAAAACUUGAGUGUGCAUAGCUAUUCACCCCCCAAAGUCAAUACUUUGUAGAGCCACUUUUUGCGGGAAUUACAGCUGCAAGUCUCUUGGGGUAUGUCUCUAUAAGCUUGGCACAUCUAGCCACUGGGAUUUUUGCCCAUUCUUCAAGGCAAAACUGCUCCAGCUCCUUCAAGUUGGAUGGGUUCCGCUGGUGUACAGCAAUCUUUAAGUCAUGCCACAGAUUCUCAAUUGGAUUGAGGUCUGAGCUUUGACUAGGCCAUUCUAAGACAUUCAAAUGUUUCCCCUUAAAACACUCCAGUGUUGCUUUAGCAGUAUGCUUAGGGUCAUUGUCCUGCUGGAAGGUGAACCUCCGUCCCAGUCUCAAAUCUCUGGAAGACUGAAUUUCCCUGUAUUUAGCACCAUCCAUCAUUCCUUCAAUUCUGACCAGUUUCCCAGUCCCUGCCGAUGAAAAAACAUCCCCACAGCAUGAUGCUGCCACCACCAGAAUUCACUGUGGGGAUGGUGUUCUCAGGGUGAUGAGAGGUGUUGGGUUUGCGCCAGACAUAGCGUUUUCCUUGAUGGCCUAAAAGCUCAAUUUUAGUCUCAUCUGACCAGAGUACCUUCUUCCAUAUGUUUGGGGAGUCUCCCACAUGCCUUUUGGCGAACACCAAACGUGUUUGCUUAUUUUUUUCUUUAAGCAAUGGCUUUUUUCUGGCCACUCUUCCAUAAAGCCCAGCUCUGUGGAGUGUACGGCUUAAAGUGGUCCUAUGGACAGAUACUCCAAUCUCCGCUGUGGAGCUUUGCAGCUCCUUCAGGGUUAUCUUUGGUCUCUUUGAUGCCUCUCUGAUUAAUACCCUCCUUGCCUGGUCCGUGAGUUUUGGUGGGCGGCCCUCUCUUGGCAGGUUUGUUGUGAAGCCAUAUUCUUUCCAUUUUUUAAUAAUGGAUUUAAUGGUGCUCCAUGGGAUGUUCAAAGUUUCUGAUAUUUUUUUAUAACCCAACCCUGAUCUGUACUUCUCUACAACUUUGUCCCUGACCUGUUUGGAGAGCUCUUUGGUCUUCAUGGUGCCGUUUGCUUGGUGGUGCCCCUUGCUUUGUGGUGUUGCAGACUCUGGGGCCUUUCAGAACAGGUGUAUAUAUACUGAGAUCAUGUGACAGAUCAUGUGACACUUAGAUUGCACACAGGUGGACUUUAUUUAACUAAUUAUGUGUGAUGAGUGUGAUGGAAGGAGUCAGGCGCAGGAGGGUAAUCACUGAAUACAGAGUUUAUUCCUUCGUUACACAAAAUACGCUGGAAUAGCGACAAACGAAACAGGCACAGGGGAAACUAUCUACCCUGGCAAUACACUGUAACGGUAUCUCCAUACAAUACAUAGGCACAGGGGAAAUGUCUACCCUGGCAACAAAAUGGUAUGAGUAGCUCCACCGAGCUACACUACUCUCACAUUCAAACAAUCACCCACAAGGACAAGGGGGCAGAGGGAACACUUAUACACGGACUAAUGAGGGGAUUAGAACCAGGUGUGUGUGAUUGACAAGACAAGACAAAUGUGAUGAUGAUAAUUGGGGCGGCAGUGGUUAGUAAGCCGGUGACGACGAACGCCGAAGCCUGCCCGAACAAAGAGGGGAGGCAGCCUCUGCGGAAGUCGUGACAUUAUGUGACUUCUGAAGGUAAUUGGUUGCACCAGAUCUUAUUUAGGGGCUUUAUAGCAAAGGGGGUGAAUACAUAUGCACGCACCACUUUUCCGUUAUUUAUUUUUUAGAAUAUUUUGAAACAAGUUAUUUUUUUCAUUUCACUUCACCAACAUGAAAUCCAAAUAAAAAUGUAUUUAAAUUACAGGUUGUAAUGCAACAAAAUAGGAAAAACGCCAAGGGGGAUGAAUAUUUUUGCAAGGCACUGUAUAGGCCUCCCCUCAUCACAAUCCAUAUACUGCUACACAGCCAAGUUAAGCACAAUUCAUUUUCUUAUUUAAUGUGUUCAGCUCUGGAAAAAUUACUUUGUUGAUGUAAUGGAUAUUCUUUGAAGAACGAUUAUAAAUUGUGGCAUAAAAUUAACCCCGUAUGACUCUGUUAUAUGACAUAUAGGCUAAAGGUACCUUUUUGUGAUCCCUGAUAUUAUCAAAGUAUCACUCAUCAAACUUACAACAGAAUUUCCACUCUGGGUUUAGCUGGCAGUAUUUGUAUCGAUUAUGACGUGUUUCUCAGGUGGAGAUGACAGUGAGGACAUCCAUACGGUCACAGUGGAUAAGAGUGUGGACGGCAGGCUGGGCUUCAGCGUGCGUGGAGGCUCAGAGCACGGCCUCAGCAUCUUUGUCAGCAAGGUAGAGGACAACAGCUCCGCAGGUAAACAAUACAUCCAGACAACUAUAUAUCUGUGUUACACAUUUAGUCUACACAUGACAGUUGUGACAUAACAUGAGUGACACUGUUCUACCUUGACAGUUUUUUAAUUGAGUGACCGACUGUGUGUGUGUGUGUGUGUGUGUGUGUGAGAGAGCGUCUCCAUCUGCAUGUCUGUGUCCAUGCAUGUACAGUGCAUUCGGAAAGUAUUCAGACCCCUUGACUUUGUUACGUUACAGCCUUAUUCUAAAAUUGAUUAAAUAUUUUUUCCCCUCAUCAAUCUACACACAAUACCCCAUAAUGACAAAGCGAAAACAGGUUUUAGAAAUGUUUAGAAAGAAAAUACAGCAAUACCUUAUUUACAUAAGUAUUCAGACCCUUUGCUAUGAGACUCGAAAUUGAGCUCAGAUGCAUCCUGUUUCCAUUGAUCAUUCUUGAGAUGUCCACCUGUGGUAAAUUGAAUUGAUUGGACAUGAUUUGGAAAGGCACACACCUGUCUAUAUAAGGUCCCACAGUUGACAGUGAACGUCAGAGCAAAAACCAAGCCAUGAGGUUGAAGGAAUUGUCCGUAGAGCUUCGAGACAGGAUUGUGUGGAGGCACAGAUCUGGGGAAUGGUACGAAACAUUUCUGCAGCAUUAAAGGUCCCCAAGAACACAGUGGCCUCCAUCAUUCUCAAAUGUAAGAUGUUUGGAACCACCAAGACUCUUCCUAGAGCUGGCUGCCUGGGCAAACGGAGCAAUCAGGGGAGAAGGACCUUGGUCAGGGAGGUGACCCGAUGGUCACUCUGACAGAGCUCCAGAGUUCCAUUGUGGAGAUGGGAGAACCUUCCAGAAGGACAACCAUCUCUGCAGCACUCCACCAAUCAGGCCUUUAUGAUAGAGUGGCCAGAAGGAAGCCACUCCUCAGUAAAAGGCAUAUGACAGCCCGCUUGGAGUUUGCCAAAAGGCACCUAAAGGAAUCUCAGACCUUGAGAAACAAGAUUCUCUGGUCUGUUGAGACCAAGAUUUAACUCUUUGGCCUGAAUCCCAAGCGUCACGUCUGGAAGAAACCUGGAACCAUCCCUAUGGUGAAGCAUGGUGGUGGCAGCAUCAUGCUGUGGGGAUGUUUUUCAACGGCAGGGACAGGGAGACUAGUCAGGAUCGAGGGAAAGAUGAACGGAGCAAAGUACAUUGAGAUCCUUGAUGAAAACCUGCUCCAGAGCGCCCAGGACCUCAGACUGGGGUGAAGGUUCACCUUCCAACAGGACAACAACCCUAAGCACACAGCCAAGACAACGCAAGAGUAGCUUCGGGACAAGUCUCUGAAUGUCCUUGAGUGGCCCAGCCAGAGCCGGGACUUGAACCCAAUCGAACAUCUCUGGAAAGACCUGAAAAUAGCUGUGCAGCGACGCUUCCCAUCCAACCUGACAGAGCUUGAGAGGAUCUGCAGAGAAGAUUGGGAGAAACUCCCCAAAUACAGAUGUGCCAAGCUUGUAGCAUCAUACCCAAGAAGUCUUGAGGCUGUAAUCGCUGCCAAAGGUGCUUCAACAAAGUACUGAGUAAAGGGUCUGAAUACUUAUGUAAAUGUAAUAUUUCCGUUUUGUAUAUUUAAUAAAUUAGCAAACAUUUCUACAAACCAUUUUUAGCUUUGUCAUUAUGGGGUAUUAUGUGUAGAUUGAUGAGGGAAAAUAACUAUUUAAUCAAUUUUGGAAUAAGGCUGUAACAUAACAAAAUGUGGAAAAAGUCAAGGGGUCUGAAUACUUUACGAAUGCACUGUAUAUGUCCACAGAGCAGGCAGGCCUGUGUGUGGGGGACAAGCUGGUGGAGGUGAAUGGGGUGAGCCUGGAGAGCAUCACUAUGGGCAGUGCAGUUAAAGUCCUGACAGGGAACAACAGACUGAGGAUGGUGGUGAGACGCGUGGGCAAAGUACCCGGCAUCCGCUACUCCAAGGAGAAGACAACCUGGUAAGCACAGACCUCCUAUUAGAAAUGACACAUUUUCUCUGUCACUUCAUAGGCACGGUUUGGAAUUGUGAGUCACUUUUACCACUUGAAUUGUCUACCUGAUUUGAUUGUGUUUAGUUAGAAUCCUGUCAAUAAAGCUUUAUCUAAUUAGCAACUUAACUUCCAUAGUUUAUCUUUAAGUACUUAUACAGGUCUGUUCAUGUGUCUUUACAUGUGUACAGUAUAUAUCAAUUGUUCGAUUACUCAUAGCCUAAAUGUAAGUGAGUAUAACUCUAUUACAGUGUGUAUCCUUAUGUACCAGUAUACACUGUGUGUACAAAACAUUAGGAACAUCUUCCUAAUAUUGAGUUCCACCCCCUUUUGCCCUCAGAACAGCCUCAAUUCGUUGGGGCAUGGACACUACAAGGUGUCGAAAGCAUUCCACAGGGAUGCUGGCCCAUGUUGACUCCAAUACUUCCCACAGAUGUCAAGUUAGCUGGUUGUCCAUUCUUGAUACACACAGGAAAUGGUUGAGCGUGAAAAACCCAGCAGCGUUGCAGUUCUUGACACACUCAAACCGGUGUGCCUGGCACCUACUACCAUACCCCGCUCAAAGGCACUUGUCUUGCCCAUUCACCCUCUGAAUGACAAAUACACAAUCCAUGUCUCAGUUGUCUUAAGGCUUAAAAAUCCUUCUUUAACAUGUCUCCUCACCUUAAUCUACACUGACUGAAGUGGAUUUAACAAGUGACAUAAAUAAGGGAUCACAGAUUUCACCUGGAUUCACCUGGUCAGUCUAUGUCAUGGAAAGAGCAUAAUGUUCAUAAUGUUUUGUACACUCAGUAUAUAUCAAUGGUUCGAUUACUCAAAAUGGAGUAUAACUCUAUUACAGUGUGUAUCCAUAUGUACCAGUAUACUUCACAAAAACGCUCAACCCUAUAACAUAUCUCCAUUGCAGGGUGGAUCUGAUUCAACGUAGGAUGGUGGUGGAGGAGAGUGGGCGUACGCCCUCCGCCUCGGUGGCCAGCUCAGAUGGGGCACUGCGGAGGAUCGUCCACCUCUACACCACCUCAGACGACUACUGCCUGGGCUUCAACAUCCGAGGGGGCAAGGAGUUCGGCCUGGGCAUCUACGUCUCCAAGUAGGCACAUACUGUAACAUCUCAGGCUAGAGAAACAAAGAAAUCAUUAGAAAUAAAGUUGAACCGCUUUUUGAAUUCAUCAUUUAAAUCUCUGCUUAGUUUGCAGUGUCUGUAUUUCCUGUGCUGUGUGCUGUGCCGGACUAUAUUAUAUAUAUGAUAUAUUAUAUGUAUUACCUGUGCUGUAUAGUGAUAUUAUUAUGCUGUGCUGUGUCAGACUGGAUCCUGGAGGUCUGGGUGAACAGAACGGCAUUAAGAUGGGCGACCAGAUCCUUGCGGCCAACGGUGUAAGCUUUGAGGACAUCAGCCACAGCAGUGCUGUGGAGGUGCUGAAGAGCCACACACACAUCAUGCUGACCAUCAAGGUGAGUGAGGGGGCCCUCCUUUGACCUUUGUCCUUCUACCACUUCCUGUAUACAGUGAGGGAAAAAAGUAUUUGAUCCCCUGCUGAAUUUGUACUUUUGCCCACUGACAAAGAAAUUAUCAGUCUAUAAUUUUAAUGGUAGGUUUAUUUGAAUAACAACAACAAAAUCCAGAAAAACGCAUUUCAAAAAUGUUAUAAAUUGAUUUGCAUUUUAAUUAGGGAAAUAAGUAUUUGACCCCCUCUCAAUCAGAAAGAUUUCUGGCUCCCAGGUGUCUUUUAUACAGGUAACGAGCUGAGAUUAGGAGCACACUCUUAAAGGGAGGGCUCCUAAUCUCAGUUUGUUACCUGUAUAAAAUACACCUGUCCACAGAAGCAUUCAAUCAAUCAGAUUCCAAACUCUCCACCAUGGCCAAGACCAAAGAGCUCUCCAAGGAUGUCAGGGACAAGAUUGUAGACCUACACAAGGCUGGAAUGGGCUACAAGACCAUCGCCAAGCAGCUUGGUGAGAAGGUGACAACAGUUGGUGCGAUUAUUCGCAAAUGGAAGAAACACAAAAUAACUGUCAAUCUCCCUCGGCCUGGGGCUCCAUGCAAGAUCUCACCUAGUGGAGUUGCAAUGAUCAUGAGAACGGUGAGGAAUCAGCCCAGAACUACAUGGGAGGAUCUUGUCAAUGAUCUCAAGGCAGCUGGGACCAUAGUCACCAAGAAAACAAUUGGUAACACACUACGCCGUGAAGGACUGAAAUCCUGCAGUGCCUGCAAGGUCCCCCUGCUCAAGAAAGCACAUAUACAUGCCCGUCUGAAGUUUGCCAAUGAACAUCUGAAUGAUUCAGAGGAGAACUGGGUGAAAGUGUUGUGAUCAGAUGAGACCAAAAUGGAGCUCUUUGGCAUCAACUCAACUCGCCGUGUUUGGAGGAGGAGGAAUGCUGCCUAUGACCCCAAGAACACCAUCCCCCACCGUCAAACAUGGAGGUGGAAACAUUAUGCUUUGGGGGUGUUUUUCUGCUAAGGGGACAGGACAACUUCACCGCAUCAAAGGGACGAUGGACGGGGCCAUGUACCGUCAAAUCUUGGGUGAGAAUCUCCUUCCCUCAGCCAGGGCAUUGAAAAUGGGUCGUGGAUGGGUAUUCCAGCAUGACAAUGACCCAAAACACACGGCCAAGGCAACAAAGGAGUGGCUCAAGAAGAAGCACAUUAAGGUCCUGGAGUGACCUAGCCAGUCUCCAGACCUUAAUCCCAUAGAAAAUCUGUGGAUGGAGCUGAAGGCUCGAGUUGCCAAACGUCAGCCUCGAAACCUUAAUGACUUGGAGAAGAUCUGCAAAGAGGAGUGGGACAAAAUCCCUCCUGAGAUGUGUGCAAACCUGGUGGCCAACUACAAGAAACUUCUGACCUCUGUGAUUGCCAACAAGGGUUUUGCCACCAAGUACUAAGUCAUGUUUUGCAGAGGGGUCAAAUACUUAUUUCCCUCAUUAAAAUGCAAAUCAAUUUAUAACAUUUUUGACAUGCGUUUUUCUGGAUUUCUUUGUUGUUAUUCUUUCUCUCACUGUUCAAAUAAACCUACCAUUAAAAUUAUAGACUGAUCAUGUCUUUGUCAGUGGUCUCUCUCUCUCUCUCUCUCACUCACUCACUCACUCACUCACUCACUCACUCACUCACUCACUCACUCACUCACUCACUCACUCACUCACUCACUCACUCACUCACAAACACACUGACACUGUUGCUACAGUACACACUCCCAAAAGAGCAGGUUGCGUGGCAGGGCAGACAGCUGGCAUGCAGUCGUAAUAUUGCUUGCUCACUUUACUUGUGGUGGGUUGGGUUUCACCCUGUGAAAAACAGCCAGGCCGUAUGCAUUAUUCACCAGGCAGAUCGGCCAGGAUCAGGUGGUGAUCAAAGCAUACAGAUGCAUUUUGUACGUUUUUGUUCUCUGAUUCUUUACCUCGCCUUGCCCCCUCUUUAACAGGGAAACACUAUACCAGCACUAGGAAAAUAACAGUACAAAGCAUGUCAAAGGUAGAAUAUGUGUUAGGAAGAAAACGAUUUCCAUUGCUUGUUGUAGACGUGUGGACCUUUACUGCUCUCUCUCUAAGGUAUAUAUGACUCUGUCUUUGUGUUUCUAGAGUUACUCUUUAUCAAAUAUAAGGAUCCUGUGAAUGUGUCAAGAACUCUACUGUAACCUAUUUGCAUAUCUCUGGCCAUAUCUUUGCAGGAAGUGGGACGAUACCCUGCCUAUAAGGAGAUGGUGGCAGAAUACAGGUGGCUUAACAAGUGUAUGUAACCAUCUCCUUAUCUCAUGUAGCCUAUAUUAUGUUUCAGUGGUGUUUUUGAAUUAUUUAAGAAAGCAACUUGCCACUGGUGACUUUUGCUAACUUGUAUUUUUAAAAAAAUAUAUCUUCCACACAAACAAUUCAAAACAAACACUAUAUCUGUAACUUUAAUAUUUUUUAUAGAUCUUCCACACAAACAAUUCAAAACAAACACUACAGUGGCUUGUGAAAGUAUUCACCCCCCUUGGCAUUUUUCCUAUUUUGUUGCCUUACAACCUGGAAUUUAAAUGAAUUUUUGGGGGGUUUGUAUCAUUUGAUUUACACAACAUGCCUACCACUUUGAAGAUGCAAAAUAUUUUUUUUGUGAAACAAACAAGAAAUAAGACAAAAAACCUGAAAGCUUGAGCGUGCGUAACUAUUCAUUCCCCCCAAAGUCAAUACUUUGUAGAGCCACCUUUUGCAGCAAUUACAGCUGCAAGUCUCUUGGGGUAUGUCUCUAUAAGCUUGGCACAUGUAGCCACUGGGAUUUUUGCCCAUUCUUCAAGGCAAAACUGCUCCAGCUCCUUCAAGUUGGAUGGGUUCCGCUGGUGUACGGCAAUUUUUAAGUCAUACCACAGAUUCUCAAUUGGAUUGAGGUCUGGGCUUUGACUAGGCCAUUCCAAGACAUUUAAAUGUUUCCUCUUAAACCACUCAUGUGUUGCUUUAGCAGUAUGUUUAGGGUCAUUGUCCUGCUGGAAGGUGAACCUCUGUCCCAGUCUCAAAUCUCUGGAAGACUGAAACAGGUUUCCCUCAUGAAUUUCCCUGUAUUUAGCGCCAUCCAUCAUUCCUUCAAUUCUGACCAGUUUCCCAGUCCCUGCCAAUGAAAAACUUCCCCACAGCAUGGUGGUGGGAUGGUGUUCUCGGGUUGAUGAGAGGUGUUGGGUUUGCGCCAGACAUAGCGUUUUCCUUGAUGGACAAAAAGCUCAAUUUUCGUCUCAUCUGACCAGAAUACCUUCUUCCAUAUGUUUGGGGAGUCUCCCACAUGCCUUUUGGCGAACACCAAACGUGUUUGCUUAUUUUUUUCUUUAAGCAAUGGCUUUUUUCUGGACACUCUUCCGUAAAGCCCAGCUCUGUGGAGUGUACGGCUUAAAGUGGUCCUAUGGACAGAUACUCCAAUCUCCGCUGUGGCGCUUUGCAGCUCCUUCAGGGUUAUCUUUGGUCUCUUUGUUGCCUCUCUGAUUAAUGCCCUCCUUGCCUGGUCCGUGAGUUUUGGUGGGCGGCCCUCUCUUGGCAGGUUUGUUGUGGUGCCAUAUUCUUUCCAUUUUUUAAUAAUGGAUUUAAUGGUGCUCUGUGGGAUGUUCAUAGUUUCUGAUAUUUUUUUAUAACCCAACCCUGAUCUGUACUUCUCCACAACUUUGUCCCUGAACUGUUUGGAAAGCUCCUUGGUCUUCAUGGUGCCGCUUGCUUGGUGGUGCCCCUUGCUUAGUGGUGUUGCAGACUCUGGGGCCUUUCAGAACAGGUGUAUAUAUGCUGAGAUCUUGUGACACUUAGAUUGCACACAGGUGGACUUUAUUUAACUAAUUUUGUGACUUCUGAAGGUAAUUGGUUGCACCAGAUCUUAUUUAGGGGCUUCAUAGCAAAGGGGGUGAAUACAUAUGCACGCACCACUGUUCCGUUACUUAUUUUUUCGAAUUUUUUGAAACAAGUAAUUUUUUUCAUUUCACUUCACCAAUUUGGACUAUUUUGUGUAUGUCCAUUACAUGAUAUCCAAAUAAAAAUCAAUUUAAAUUUCAGGUUGUAAUGCAACAAAAUAGGAAAAAUGCCAAGGUGGAUGAAUACUUUUGCAAGGCACUGUAUCUGUAAAGAAAAAAUAUAUAUAGAUCUUCCACACAAACAAUUCAAAACAAACACUAUAUCUGUAGCUUUUUUUUAUAUAGAUCUUCUACACAAACAAUUCAAAACAAACACUAUAUCUGUACUGAUGUGUGUGUCUCCUCUCUCUCAGUGGCCAGUGGCAAUGAGACUCGGCAGUCUUCCUCCCAGGGCUCAGACUCCAACUCCUCUGCCUCAUCCUUGUCCUCUGGGACUCCUAUCUCCUCUCUGAGCGGACUGUCUCAGGUCAUGUUCCCCCCCAGCCUGCCCUUCGGCAUGGACAUGGUGGACGUCUGUAUCUCUACUGAGGACCAGAGGUCUGGGUCUGGCCAGUGUACUGACACCGCCAUCCAGACCGACCCCUCACCUCACAGGAUGGGGGCGGACACUAGCCACAGCCUGGGGGCCACUACCCUCCUACAGGACUCAGCCAUCCGGGGGGAGGGAGGGGAGGGAGGUAGGAGGAGAGGAGAGUCCCCCAAAACGGCCGUCCUCAUGGCCCUCAGUAGACCCAGCCAGCCCAUCCACCGUUCCCAGAGCCAGGUCACUGUAGCAGGUGAGGCCAGAGGGGUGGAGAGGUUUAGAUAGAAAGGGAGUUUACUGAAACGAUUGGACAACUCAGAAGAACCUAUUGUUGUAAAAUGACUGAGUAUAGUCUUGUUUUGUUGAGACCCCGUCUCCUUCCUGUCCUGCCAUAGAGGUGAAGCAGACGAAGCAGAAGAAACAACAGCAGAAAGGAGGGAAGAAUCCUGAGAGGAGCACCCUACAGCGCUCCAAGACCUUUGUCAACCUGCUGUUCAGGGGUCGCAGGAGAGACACCUCCAAGGGGCGCUCCAAGUCCCCCCCCAAUUCCGAGGCAGGCAGAGGUUAGUAGUACCUUCAAUGAUCCUGUAUACUAUAAGAGAAUCAAUUUAGUCAAUGGUGCAACUAGCUGUUAUUUCAAAAGAGUUUUACUCUGUAAUUGUGAGUCGUCAUGUCUGUGAAUAUACACUACCGUUCAAAAGUUUGGGGUCACUUGAAAACAUACAUGAAAUGAGUUUGAAUAGGAAAUAUAGCAAAAUGAAUAUGAAAUGUAGUCAUUGACAAGGUUAGAAAUAAUGAUUUUUAAUUGAAAUAAUAAUUGUGUCCUUCAAACUUUGCUUUCGUCAAAGAAUCCUCCAUUUGCAGCAAUUACAGUCUUGCAUACCUUUGGCAUUCUAGUUGUCAAUUUGUUGAGGUAAUCUGAAGAGAUUUCACCCCAUGCUUCCUGAAGCACCUCCCACAAGUUGGAUUGGCUUGAUGGGCACUUCUUACGUACCAUAUGGUCAAGCUGCUCCCACAACAGCUCAAUAGGAUUGAGAUCUGGUGACUGUGCUGGCCACUCCAUUAUAGACAGAAUACCAGCUGACUGCUUCUUCCCUAAAUAGUUAUUGCAUAGUUUGGAGCUGUGCUUUGGGUCAUUGUCCUGUUGUAGGAGAAAAUUGGCUCCAAUCAAGCGCCGUCCACAGGGUAUGGCAUGGCGUUGCAAAAUGGAGUGAUAGCCUUCCUUCUUCAAGAUCCCUUUUACCCUGUACAAAUCUCUCACUUUACCACCAACAAAGCACCCCCAGACCAUAACAUUGCCUCCACCAUGCUUGACAGAUGGCAUCAAGCACUCCUCCAGCAUCUUUUCAUUUGGUCUGCGUCUCACAAAUGUUCUUCUUUGUGAUCCGAACACCUCAAAUUUCGAAUCGUCUGUCCAUAACACCUUUUUCCAAUCUUCCUCUGUCCAGUGUCUGUGUUCUUUUGCCCAUCUUAAUCUUUUCUUUUUAUUGGCCAGUCUGAGAUAUGGCUUUUUCUUUGCAACUCUGCCUAGAAGGUCAGCAUCCCGGAGUAGCCUCUUCACUGUUGACGUUGAGACUGGUGUUUUGCGGGUACUAUUUAAUGAAGCUGCCAGUUGAGGACCUGUGAGGCGUCUGUUUCUCAAACUAGACACUCUAAUGUAUUUGUCCUCUUGCUCAGUUGUGCACCGGGGCCUCCCACUCCUCUUUCUAUUCUGGUUAGAGCCAGUUUGCACUGUUCUGUGAAGGGAGUAGUACACAGCGUUGUAUGAGAUCUUCUGUUUCUUGGCAAUUUCUCGCAUGGAAUAGCUAGCCUUCAUUUCUCAGAACAAGAACAGACUGACGAGUUUCAGAAGAAAGUUCUUUGUUCUGGCCAUUUUGAGCCUGUAAUCGAACCCAGAUACUCAACUAGUCUCAAGAAGGCCAGUUUUAUUGCUUCUUUAAUCAGCACAGCAGUUUUCAACUGUGCUAACAUAAUUGCAAAAGGGUUUUCUAAUGAUCAAUUAGCCUUUUUAAAUGAUAAACUUGGAUUAGCAAACACAACAUGCCAUUGGAACAGAGGACUGAUGGUUGCUGAUAAUGGGACUCUGUACGCCUAUGUAGAUAUUCCAUAAAAAAUCAGCCGUUUCCAGCUACAAUAGCCAUUUACAACAUUAACAAUGUCUACACUGUAUUUCUGAUCAAUUUUAUGUUAUUUUAAUGGACCAAAAAAAUCAUUUUCUUUCAAAAACAAGGACAUUUCUAAGUGACCCCAAACUUUUGAACGGUAGUGUAAGUAUGGCUAAAAGCAGAGUUAUUUUGUUAUAGAGUUGAGUUGGUAUACUACUAUCAACUGGGUGUUGGUUAUGUCCUUAGAUGGGGAGCGCAGGCGCAGACCCAGUGGGCCGGACCCAGAGAUGCUGGGGGUGGUGGAGGGCAUGGCCCGCAGGCUGCUGAGUGAGGACGACGUGGCCUCUGUCAUGAAGACCUGCCGACGGGUAUGGAGCCUGGGGCCUGGGCAGGAGAGGCAGCGAAAAUAUGAACUGUUAUCAUCCUUAUUCCAUGGAUUUUGCAUUGAUAGUGUUAUAAUCACUAUUCUCUUGCAGUACAUAACAGAGCGUGUGGUGGAGAACCUGGUGCACCACCUGCUGGCCGUGCUGGACCGGCCUGAGAAGCUGCUGCUACUGAGAGAGAUCAGGUACAUAGAGAGGCAAAACAAUAAUAACAACAUUCACUUUAAGGAUUUAGAUUGGAGCGGGAGCGACCAGUUGAAGGAUUUAGGAUUCGGCUCAUACUCACAAAUCCAAUUAUUUGAUGACUGGACAAUGAAAACAACCGUGUUCUUUUAUAAGUUAAUAACUCUCUCUCUCUUCCGCUUUAGAAUGUUGCUGCCUCCAGCUGACCUAGGGCUUUUCAACAAUAUGGUGGUCCCGUUCGAAGUGGAGGCCUAUGAUAUCUUGAAGUACCGUUCUGGUGAGGAAAGACGAAUAUACAUAGAGUAAUGUACACUACACAUACAUUCAAUAAUACAUUUGAAGGAAAGAGUUUCCAUUCUUUAAAUUACCCCUUUUCUCCUCUCCUUUAUUAUGUAGUCAGAUCCCCACUUCUGCGCUCCCCCCAGUCUGGACGAGCCCCCAGACGACACCUCAUCACCCCCAUCCCAGGUCAGUACGGUCCCAUCUACAGUACAGCAGUGUUUCUUUCAUUCAUUCAUGGGGGAGGAAGUGCAGGCUUUUGUUCCAGCCCGGCACUAUCACACCUGAUUCAACUAAUUGUGGUUCAGGUUGAACACCAUGAUUAUUGGAAACAGGUUUUAAAGUUGUGUUGCGCUGGAACAUAAGUCUGCUCUCCAGGAUCUUGGUUGUUACACUGACUCCUGCGGUCCCAUGUAGACUUCCAGGGGGGCUUUGAGCUUCACAGUGCCCAGGAGGUGGAGAGGGAGAGCCAGCUGCUGGAGGAGCUAGAGCGGCUGCGUCUGUCUGGGUCCCAGAGCCCCCGGGAGCAGCCCACCCAUACCUCCAGAGCAUUCCCCCCCCUACUGGAUGUCCCAGUGGAUGGCUACGCCUUCUCAGACUCCCUCCGUCCUCCCUCCGUCAGCCCCCUGCUCCCCAACUGGCUGCUGGCCCACAGCAACACCACCGACCCCCGUUCCCCCCUACGAGGAGACAGUGGUACGGUCCGCUCGGUCCACUUUGAUGAUGUGUCAAUGGACCAGGGAGAUACCAUCUCAGAGCGGGGGAGGUCUCCGUUCAGGAAUGGGACUUCCAAGGGUAAAAAGGAGAAAACUGAUAAAAGGGAGAAAGAAACUGUGUUCACUCUGCAGAGCGCUCCUCGACGCAGCAGGCCCCUGUUGUCCCGGGUGUUUGGCUCUGGCCUGGACGCUGACUUCACAGCAGAGGGGGUGGUAGGGUUGGGAAGGGAGCGGGUGAACGGUCAUCCCAGCUCCUCUGAGAAUGGCCUCAAUGGCAAUGCUCCUGUCAUAGAGUACGAGCUCAAAAUCGUCAGCAUCUCCAAGACUAAGCAGUCACUGGGUGAGUUCAUGUAAUAUAUAAUAUAUGUACAGUGGAUAUAAAAGUCUACACACCCCUGUUAAAAUGCCAGGUUUUUGUGAUAAAAAAGAAUGAGACAAAGAUAAAUCAUGUCAGAACUUUUUCCACUGUUAAUGUGACCUAUAAUGUGAACAAUUAAAUUGAAAAACAAACUGAAAUCUUCAAGGGGGAAAAAUGAAAAAUAAAAACCUUACAAUAACCUGGUUGCAUAAGUGUGCACACCCUCUUAUAACUGGGGAUGUGGCUGUGUUCAGAAUUAACCAAUCACAUUCAAACUCAUGUUAAAUAGAAGUCAUUACACACCUGCUAUCAUUUAAAGUGACUCUGAUUAAUCACAAAUAAAGUUCAAAUGUAUUUUCUUAGUUGCAUCUCAGAGCAAAAGCCAUGGUCCGCAGAGAGCUUCCAAGGCAUCAGAGGGAUCUCAUUGUUGAAAGAUAUCAGUCAGGAGAAGGGUAAAAAAUUAUUUCCAAAGCAUUACAUAGACUAUGGAACACAGUGAAGACAGUCAUCAUCAAGUGGAGAAAAUAUGGCACAACAGAGACAUUACCAAGAACUGGACGUCCCUCCAAAAUUUAUGAAAAUACGAGAAAAAAACUGGUCAGGGAGGCUUCCAAGAGGCCUACAGCAACAUUAAAUGAACUGCAGGAAUUUCUGGCAAGUACUGGCUGUGUGCUACAUGUGACAACAAUCUCCCGUAUUGUUCAUAUGAAUGGGCUAUGGGGUAGGGUGGCAAGACGGAAGCCUUUUCUUACAAAGAAAUACAUCCAAUCCCGGCUGAAGUUUGCAAAAACAAACAUCAAGUCCCCCAAAAGCACGUGGGAAAAUGUGUUAUGGUCUGAUGAAACCAAGGUUGAACUUUUUGGCCAUAAUUCCAAAAGGUAUGUUUGGCGCAAAAACAACACUGCACAUCACCCAAAGAACACCAUACCCACAGUGAAGCAUGGUGGUGGCAGCAUCACUGUUUUUCAUCAGCUGGAACCGGGGCCUUAGUCAGGGUGGAGGGAAUUAUGAACAGUUCCAAAUACCAGGCAAUUUUGGCACAAAACCUUCAGGCGUCCGUUAGAAAGCUGAAGAUGAAGUUCACCUUUCAGCACGACAACGACCCAAAGCACACAUCCAAAUCCACAAAAGCAAGGCUCCACCAGAAGAAGAUUAACAUUUUGGAAUGGCCCAGCCAGAGCCCAGACCUGAAUCCAAUUGAACAUCUCUGGGGUGAUCUGAAGAGGGCUGUGCACAGGAGAUGUCCUCACAAUCUGACAGAUUUGGAGCGCUUUUGCUAAGAAGAGUGGGCAAAUAUUGCCACGUCAAGAUGUGCCAUGCUAAUAGACUCCUACCCAAAAAGACUGAGUGCUGUAAUAAAAUCAAAAGGUGCUUCAACAAAGUAUUAGUUUGAGGGUGUGCACACUUAUGCAACCAGGUUAUUGUGAGUUUUUAAUUUAAAAUUUUUCCCCCUCAAAGAUUUCAGUUUGUUUUUCAAUUGAAUUGUUCACGUUAUAGGUCACAUUAAAGGUGGAAAAAGUUGACAUGAUUUAUCUUUGUCUCAUUCUUUUACAUCACAAAAACUUGGGGUGUGUAGACUUUUUAUAUCCUUAUGUGUAUGUGUUGAGUCAGGGAAAUCAACAGUUUGCCAUCCUCAUGGUUUACCAAACAGUUGCACCUCCAGUACCUCUCUGUAAUAUUUAUUCACUAUUAUAGAAGGGAUCAGCAAAGUAGCUCUUACAACAGAGACAAUACAAAGUUUCACUCAUACAAUUCAAUAGAUUUUUUAUUGUUUGUGUAUGUAAUAAUGCCUGUGUUUUACUGGUCCAGGGAUCAGUAUUUCUGGUGGGAUGGAGUCCAAGGUGCAGCCGGUGGUGAAGAUAGAGAAGAUCUUCCCAGGAGGAGCCGCCUCCACGUGUGAAGUCCUGAAGGUAUACCUGUUAUAACCUGUGAUAUGACCUGUUAUAACCACUAAGGCUAUAACCAGUCUCAGUACAACAUGACCCAUAAACCACCAUUCAGAUAAGCAUUUCACCUUAUGAACAUCACGCCACAUAUUCCAUUCAGAUCUUUUCCAACUAAUUUGAAUUGACUUACCUGAUUAAUGGAAAUAUGAAUGUAGCUAGUGAUGAAAUCAAACAUAGUGAUGAGAUAGAGGCCCAAGGUAAUCUCAAGGGAUCCUUGUUAUAAUAAGCCUUUUGAAGGAGCUCUUUUAUUUGAAGCCAGAGUACUGAUAUGAGGGGGGGAAUUAUUUGAGUAACUCAUGCUUUGAACCGAGGCAUUUAGACUCUUUGGCACCACAUUAUAGAAAGAGAACAUAGGACAAUACAAUCAAAAUGAGGUUUUUGAGCCCAAAGGACAAAGUAACGUGAUGUUGUUGAAUUGAAAGAUGGCUAGGUGUGUGUGUGAGUGCAAAAUAGAGCAACUGAGAGCAUGCACAAGGCAAAUGCAUUAUCUCUAACCUUCCUUCCUCUGGUUGCAUCCCCAGGCUGGAUUUGAGCUGGUGUCAGUGGAUGGAGUGUCCCUGCAGGGCGUGACUCACCCCCACGCUGUGGAGAUCAUCCGCAGGGCUUUCAGCAACAAGGCCAAAGACCCCAUGGUGUUUAUAGUCAAAGUCCCCAAAAGCCCUUGA